UGCUCAAAUAAAAACUCAGCGAAUUCUGUUGGUUUUAUCUCGCCUUCCAACAACCUUUGUGGAGUUAUAUUUUUCAGUAGCGUGAUAACUGGCGUCAUAUAAGCCCAUUUUUCGUCGUAUGCUCAAGUAAAAACUCAGCGGAUUCUGUUGACUUUUAUUUCACUUUCCAACACCUUUUGGGGAGUCAUAUUUUUCAGUAGCGCGAUGACGGGCGUCAUAUACGACGUCACAUACGCUCCUUUUUCGAUGUCAAAAGGGCGGUUUUGCUAGCUGCGAAGAGGAUGACGAAUUUUUGAAACAGCAGAGACCAAAUAAACGGGUGUUUCCACAAGGCGACUGUUGAUCGUUUCACCAUCGAUGUGAUUGUGUUACGGCGUUUGAGAGGACAAAGCGUUCAAAAGCAAACAUGAUGUCAGGAAAGCAUUUCAAGGCUCACGAAGUCAGCUGCUGCAUUAAGUAUUUCAUAUUUGGAUUCAACGUCAUAUUCUGGUUCCUUGGAGUGGCGUUCCUUGGCAUCGGGUUGUGGGCAUGGAGCGAAAAGGGUGUUCUAUCCAACAUCUCAUCCAUAACAGACCUGGGGGGCUUCGAUCCAGUCUGGCUCUUUCUGGUGGUCGGCGGUGUGAUGUUCAUUCUGGGAUUUGCCGGUUGCAUCGGAGCGCUGAGGGAAAACUCUUUCCUGCUGAAAUUUUUCUCCGUGUUCCUGGGUAUCAUCUUCUUCUUGGAACUGACAGCAGGAGUCCUGGCUUUUGUCUUCAAAGACUGGAUCAAGGACCAGCUCAACUUUUUCAUCAACAACAACAUUCGAGCUUACAGGGACGAUAUUGAUCUGCAGAACCUGAUCGACUUCACCCAAGAAUAUUGGGAGUGCUGUGGAGCUUUUGGAGCUGACGACUGGAAUUUGAACAUGUACUUCAACUGCACAGACUCUAACCCAAGCCGGGAGAAGUGCGGCGUGCCCUUUUCCUGCUGCACCAAAGAUCCAGCGGAGGACGUUAUCAACACUCAGUGUGGCUACGACAUCAGAGCAAAAAAGGACUCAGAGAAGAGGACUUUUAUCUACAUUAAAGGCUGUGUUCCACAAUUUGAGAAGUGGCUUCAAGACAACCUGACGGUGGUGGCAGGAAUUUUUAUCGGGAUCGCAUUAUUACAAAUUUUUGGCAUCUGUCUAGCGCAGAAUCUGGUGAGCGACAUAGAAGCAGUAAAAGAGAGUUGUUUGUUCACCUAAAGGCUGACAUAGAAUCUCAGAAGACAAGAAGGAUGUACGAGGACUCUUCAAACUGGACACCAGCAAUGACGGGAGACACUUUAACCAGCUUCAGUGUCCACAAUGAAGAGACUCAAUACUGUCUAAAUGGUACAUUUGUGGACCUAUUUUUGGGAUGAGGCACCACUUCUGAAGUGUAUUGCCAAUACAUUGCGUUGAGAAGUUAAAUGCAGUGGUGAACUAAAUGCUUUGUUAAACGCAGACACGACUUUACAGGUGUUACCCACAACUGCAGUUUGUAAUGUAAAAAGAUAAGGAUAUUCUGAAAAAGCACUGCAUGCCUUUUGUUGACUGGUGGGACAUGGACUCGCCUGACUUUAGUACACUGAAGUAUUUUGAAAAUAUUUGGCUAGUUUGUGGUGAGUUGGUCAGUUAGCACUUUGUGUAAAACGAACGGUAUUUCAAAGGGAUAGUUUGGAUUUUUUGACAUGAAGUUCCCAUCAGCAGUGUAGUGCAUGGACACGUUCCUCAUCACCAAAAUCCGACCAGAGCUUUGCUCACUGGACACAGUGGGGUAUAAGUCUUUGUUGAUGCACUACACUGCUUGAUGCGGAUGUCAUUCAACUUAAUGUAAAAAAAAAUUGAACUAUCCCUUUUUAGUUGCCAAGAAUUAACCUGAGAUUUAUUUGUGGCAUCACCUUCAUAUCAAAUCGAGAUAGGCCUGAGAUGGAUAUAUGAAGAUUCUUGACCAUUUAAAACACCAUGAGUAUUCAGCGUCUGAUGAAAAAUCAAGAAGCACUUUAGGAACGAUCAGCUACUGGCAUGAUUCUUUUUUUGUAGUUCAACAGGGAGCCACUAGAUGGGGCACUUUCUUAAGCAGCGGCAGCCUCUUUGGCUGCACUUGUAUACAAUACCUUUACAGUUAGUUGCCAUUGGUAAUUUAUUAUGUGUUUUUGUUUGAGACUAAAUCUGUUUAAUUCAUAUUUAAGGCACAUCCGGUUUACUGUAUUAGCUUGUGGUUUCCACAAAAUGUGGCGAUAAUAAGGCUUGCCAUGUAUGACAGUGCAACACACUUAAGAAAAAAGCAUUUAAAAGUAGGCACACAAACAGCAUCACCAGCAUUAUUUGAUUAACUUCAAUAAUAGGCUUUGCAGUCAUACACUCACUGGAUAAAACACCUAUUUGUGUUAACUUGUUUUUUUGGUUUUAUUUGUUGUUCUCACCAAAAACUUGGAUUGUUCAUGUUGAUUAAUCACACUCUUGUACCACUCAGUGCCAAAUAUGUAUUUUGUGCAUAUUCCUGAGUAAAUAUGGUUUCCUGAAAUUUUGUUCUGUCCUUUACCUUGUGAAGAACUGGACUGUGGCAAUGUUGUAAAUAUGUCUGAAUAAAUGUGGUCUUUGUACAGUU